AUGAACUUUAUUCAACAGUACGUUGUGUCAAGUCGACUGCAGGUUGGUGUUUGUAAUUUCACUGGGAGUUCUGCAUUAGAAAUCAAUAAUCCUGAGAUGAGUGAUACAGCUGGCUUAAAGCACCCAAGAGCCAGGAGACCCAAAAUAAUUGAGGCUGCAGCAGGAUCCAGGGAACAACUGGACAAUAUGAGCAACUCCUCUCGUGAAGAGCAGCCAAAACGCAGGAGGCAGCUGUUACCCAGCAUGUCCUCGACACAAUGCGUCACGAGAGGUGUGAAUGAGUCGCCGAAUGUUGACGACAGAUGUCGAAGUCAGAAAAGGGACCGUAAGCGAAAGAAGAGGAGAACACGAUCACUAUCAACAUCAGGUACCUCGUCCUCCUCAAGUGACAGUGAAUCGGGACUGGAAAGCUCUGAUUCUAGUGAGAGUGAUUAUGAGGACCAUGGUGAAGUUGUAGGCGAGUUGCCCUCAACAGCCUCUUUAAGUAGUAGUUCAAGUGAUGAGAACGAGGACGCUGAUAUUGAUGAGCAAAAGGAGAAACAUAAUUCAGAGAAGGAUGAUAACCUGUUAGAAAGAAGACUCUUCCGGAAGAAGACCAAGUAG